GACAGAGUGAGAAAGAGAGAGAGAGAGAGAAAGAGAGAGAGAGAGAGAAAGAGAGAGACAGAGAGAGAGGGGGGAAAGCAGCAGAUAAGGGUCACAGGGGUUUUCCGUUGUGUAAGAUUAGAAAAGGCGACUGAAGUAGCGAGAGUGGGAAACAUUUCUGUAGUCAGAGAAAGAUCAGAAAGAUAGAGUUGAGGUAGAAUGUGAGGUUGUCAGCAGGAGGGUAAAGGAGAAGACAGUGCACCUUGAAUGACUCUCUUUCAGCAAUUUAAUUAAACAGCUUUUAUUUGAAAGGUUAGGAGAAGGAUUCAACAGAAUAGGCUGGAUUUGAGAUAUUCUGUAACAGAAGGAGGACUCUAAGUGAAUGGGAAACCAACAUGAGCUGCCUAAGUGAGGAUAAGUACGUCACUAAAGAUGAUAGAUGCUGCGAUCGAUGUCCAUCAGGUUGGUACAUUCGAGGCGAGUGUGACGGCACAAAGAAGACAGAGUGUGCUGAAUGUGUACGUGGGUUUUUCACUGAGACAAAAAACCACUGGUUUAAAUGUCUGAGCUGCAAGGACUGUUCAACGAAGAACCAGAGGAAAGUGAAGGACUGUACAGCUCAGGAGGACACAGUGUGUGGGUGUGAACCUGGUUUCUUCUGUAUUAACCAGAGCUGUGAUCACUGCCAGAGAGUGAAGCAUUGUCCUCUGGGUCAAGGAGUCAAAGUUCAAGCAACUCGCACAAACAACACUAUCUGUGCUGUGUGUGAAGAAGGGACCUUCAACAACGUCACAGACUUCCACUCACCCUGUAAAACACACACCAGAUGUGGGGAUCUGGGCAGAGUGCUGAAAACUCCAGGAACCCCGACAGCUGAUGCUAUUUGUGGUGACUGUAAAACUUAUUGUCACUGGAUCAUACCUGCAAGCCUGUGGUCAGGACUUGUGUUGACUGCACUCGUCCUGUUUGGCCUCUACUGCUGGAGAAGACAACGCAAGUCAAGCAGAGCAGCGAGUCUCAUCGUUCCUGUUACUCUGACUGAUAAGGUUCCAGUCGAACCAGUUUGUCUUCUGGAGCUACCAUUACAGUCCAAAAAGCAGAACGGUCACUGCAUAGAGAGUUGCAUGGAGGAGGACUACAAGUUCCCACUUUUUACCCCAGACGAUAAUGCAGUCAGUUACAUCACAGAGGACAGUGUGGACAGCAGUCAUCCUAUAACUCCUCUGAAGGUUUCAGUUUCUUUUGCUGAAUCAAGUCAGCAAAACGGAAGUGCUGGGUUCUGCACAGGAAACUUCCUAAGGACCCACUCAGAGCCACAGGAGGACGAAUGGUGUGGGACAGAAGCCUCAUGAUGAUAUUCUGAUGUAACUCAAGAGUCCCUCUCUUGAUUUAUUUAUACAAACACACAACAAAAUAAGAGUUCUCUGAUAUUAGUUUAUAUUUUUCUAAGUUUGAACUAGUUUCUAUGAAAAGACAGGGUUGCUGCUGGUUUGCUGUCCCCUGCUGGUUUUAGUGAUAAUGUGAGUGCUAUGUAUCAUUCAUAAUAGAAAUAAAAGGUGUAACUGUGUAUCUUUAUCAUCACUUUUGAGAUGAGCAAAUCUUUUAAAAAGACUUUACAAGCGACAGGGAUGUCUGCCCUAUUUAAAUGUAGGAAUCAAAAUUCCAAAUAUGUCUUUCUCAUACUCUGGACUUUUCUGACUUUAAAAACACACAAAUGUAUGAAUGUUUUUGUAGCCUGAUGUAGCUUUAUCCACUGUGACAAGGAAAAAUACUGUCCAAAAAAUGAUUAAAAAGACAUUACUAAGCCA